AUGAAAUCCACAAUUAUUGCAUUAGUAGCUGGUCUCUCGUCAAUGGUUGCUUCUAAAAACGUGUACAAUUUACAUGCUCUAGAUGACGUCGACCAAGCCUCAAAUGACAAGCGUGAUGCAAAAAAUGUCCCCAAUCUAGAAUUUUUGAAAGAGUUAUCAGAAAAUGGUAAAAGAGAUGCUGAACCGAAGAAUGUAAUCAAUUUACAAGACUUGAAAGUUGGCGUUGAUGAUGAGGAUGAAGGUAAGGAGAAACGAGACGCUAAAAACACCCCCAACUUGAUUGAUUUGAGUAACAAGUUUUUACAAGAGGAGGGAUCAGACAAGGUUUUAAACAAGAGAAAGAACACUUUUAGAAUUUCAGAUUUCAUUCAUGAGGAAAAUCACGGCAAGAGAGAUGCAAAAAAUACAUUUGAUAUUGCCAAAUUUGCCAAAGCAUCCAACGGGAAACGUGAUGAACAAGAGAUUCUCAACAUUCCGAAAGAAGCAGACGCAAAUGACAAUUUCGUUUUCACCUUUAACUCUGCCGAUUGCUACAACAACUUGUUGCAAUCAAUAUUACCACAGUUAAAAUCCGUGUCCAUCUUUGCUGGAUACAUUAGAGACAACAAGGACCUCAAUUCCAAAACAGAAGCUUUGGAUUCAAACAUGUUGAUCAUUAGCCCAACUGAUGAUGCGAUUGAAAACAAACUUUCCAAUUUGAAACCUUGGGAAUUCCCCACACUGUUGGAUGAAGCUACAACUGAACAAGACCAAGACAAAAUCUUGCAAGACAAUUUGCAAAACUAUUUGGAUGGACACAUUGUCGUUGCUUUCCAGGAUAAAAUCAACAUUGAAGAUGGCGACCAAGGCAAGGAAAAGGUUGUCGUUACCAAAUUGAACAAUGGUGAACUUUUGGAAAUUAAGCAAAAUAUGGUGAGUCAGACUUUUUCAGUUAGAGUUGCAGCAAAGCACAAAAAGUGGAUCCCAGUUGUUACCGUGAGACAAGUGGAAAACGGAUUCAUUUUCGUGAUAGAUGAUUCGUUGGUUAAGCCAUAA